AUUUUGCAAAUCUGCUGUAGGGCUCACUGAAACGUUACACUGGAUGUGUAAAAGCGUUAAUAAUUUGCAUGCCAUACAAUUAUUAACGUUACAUAUGCCAUUCUUUACUUCUCCUGAGUAUUAAGUAUUAACUAUUAUGUAUUAAUAAAUAUUUUUACUUAUUACUACAUUGACAAUAAUGCGUCAUGUGUCCAGAGUCAGACUUCAUUUAAUUAUUAUGUUACUGUUGGUAGCACUGACCGUUUGAUUUGACGCCUUGACGCUAGAGGUUGGCCAAUCGCUAGUCCUAUUAAUUUCUUUUCCCAUCCGUAGCCGAUUGGUGUCGUGCUAUCCAAAUGGGUAAACCCCGAGGAAUACGAACGGCGCGUAAGCACGUGAACCACCGUCGUGAACAGCGAUGGGCGGACAAAGAAUUCAAGAAAGCCCACAUGGGUACGAAAUGGAAGGCUAACCCUUUCGGUGGUGCAUCUCACGCAAAGGGCAUCGUCCUCGAGAAAGUUGGUGUAGAAGCUAAGCAGCCCAACUCUGCCAUCCGCAAAUGCGUCCGUGUACAGCUCAUUAAGAACGGAAAGAAAGUGACCGCAUUCGUCCCCCGUGACGGUUGCCUAAACCACAUCGAAGAAAACGACGAAGUACUAGUGGCGGGAUUCGGUCGUAAAGGUCACGCCGUCGGUGACAUUCCCGGAGUUCGUUUUAAGGUAAAAACUCAUAAAAAAUUGGAAAUUCGUCUUGUUCAAAAAAGUCUUAUGAGUCCGCACGGGUACGUACCACCGCCCCGCCUAUUUCUGCCGUGAAGCAGUAAUGCGGUUUGAAAGGUGGGGCAGCCGUUGUAACUAUACUCAGACCUUAGAACUCAUAUCUCAAGCUGAGUGGCGGCAUCUACGUUGUAGAUGUCUAUAGUCUCCAGUAACCACUUAACACCAGGUAGGCUGUGAGCUCGUCCACCCGCCUAAGUAAUAAAAAUAUAUAUAAAAUAGUGAUUUAAAAAGUACAUAGAUGGUUUCUCUUAGCCGCUUUUCCUGUUUUGUGAUGUUGAGUAACAAAGUUUUCCUAUUUGACUUUUCCUACAGGUGGUAAAAGUAGCCAACGUGUCUCUCCUCGCUCUCUACAAAGAGAAAAAGGAGCGACCAAGAUCAUAGGUGUACAUUGUGAUAAGGUAAAUAUUGUAUUGAUUCUGAGAUUUUCAACGUUGUUUUUCUUCUAUUUUUGUUAAAUUUAAUUUAAAAGUUUUAUCUACUGUGUACUUGUUUCUGCGUUCAACCUUGACUCUAUUUGUGCAGUAAAUGAUGUUAUCAUUUUGAUAUUUGCUACUACUGAGUGCCAUGACGUCAAAACAUUACUGAUGCUUUCAAACUACGCUCUUGACUAACAUAUCAAAUAAACUGAAUUCAAAAGAGCAAACAUUAACAAUAUUUAUUUGUUUCAGUGACCUGCUGUCGGGAAGCGCGUUGUUUAUAAGUUCAUAAAAUGUAAAAUCCUAGUACAUAAUAAAUAUUGUGUACAGCA